CUCCUAAAGGGCAGAUGAAGAUCAGAGUUUUGCACCCUGUGAUGCCAUUUUAAUCAACCCUGCUUGGUUUUAGAGGAUUGCUCCUGUGGGUCACUUGAGGCAGGCUCCACCUUCCCCAGGAGGAGUGGCAGAGUCCAGCCAGCGCUCGGAGCUGGAGGCCCACGUGGGAGCGGUGAGCGGCUCCGAGAUGCCGCGGCAGUUUCCCAAGCUGAACAUCUCUGAAGUGGAUGAGCAAGUCCGGCUCCUGGCGGAGAAGGUGUUUGCUAAAGUGCUCCGAGAAGAGGACAGCAAAGAUGCCCUGUCCCUGUUCACUGUCCCAGAGGACUGCCCCAUCGGGCAAAAGGAAGCCAAGGAGAGGGAGCUGCAGAAGGAGCUGGCAGAGCAGAAGUCUGUGGAGACCGCAAAAAGGUUAUGGUGUCUUAGUUUGCAUCUGUCUGCGCCAUUUGACUAGAAGCUCCUUGAGGACUGGAUCCAUUGUGGAACUUAGUUCGUGGGCAGUGGAUGUCUGGCAGAGGAAGACAUCCUGCCUCCCCAUUGCCACCAUGGACACUACACCAGGGUGGCUGCAACUUCUUGGACCUCUGUGUUCUGCCACUCACUGUCAUGCUCUGUGACUUUGGGGAAAUUAGGAAACCUCUCUGGGCCUCAGCCUCGUCCUCAUCUAUAAAGUGGAGAUGCUAACAGCUACCUUCAUGGGGUGUUGUGAGGAAUGAGGGAAUCCACAGAAAGAAAAGUUUCAAGAUGAUUCGGUCCCAGUCCCUGUCUCUGCAAAUGCCGCCACAGCAAGAUUGGAAGGGCCCCCCGGCAGCCAGUCCGGCCAUGUCUCCCACAACCCCUGUGGUCACCGGAGCCACUUCCCUGCCCACGCCAGCACCCUAUGCCAUGCCUGAGUUCCAGCGGGUCACCAUCAGCGGAGAUUACUGUGCCGGGAUCACUUUGGAGGACUAUGAGCAGGCAGCCAAGAGUCUGGCCAAGGCCCUAAUGAUCCGGGAGAAGUAUGCGCGGCUCGCCUACCACCGCUUCCCGCGGAUCACAUCCCAGUACCUGGGUCAUCCGCGGGCGGAUACUGCACCUCCGGAAGAGGGCCUUCCAGACUUCCACCCUCCUCCACUGCCCCAGGAAGACCCCUACUGCCUGGAUGAUGCACCCCCCAACCUGGAUUACUUGGUCCACAUGCAGGGGGGCAUCCUCUUCGUGUAUGAUAACAAGAAGAUGCUGGAGCGCCAGGAGCCGCACAGCCUACCCUACCCCGACCUGGAGACCUACACGGUGGACAUGAGCCACAUCCUGGCUCUCAUCACCGAUGGCCCCACGAAAACCUAUUGUCACCGGCGACUGAACUUUCUGGAAUCCAAGUUCAGCCUUCAUGAGAUGUUAAAUGAAAUGUCCGAGUUCAAAGAGUUGAAGAGUAACCCCCACCGGGACUUCUAUAACGUGAGAAAGGUGGACACACACAUCCAUGCGGCCGCCUGCAUGAACCAAAAGCAUCUGCUGCGCUUCAUCAAGCACACAUACCAGACGGAGCCUGACAGGACUGUGGCAGAGAAGCGGGGCCGGAAGAUCACCCUGCGGCAGGUGUUUGACAGCCUGCACAUGGACCCCUACGACCUCACUGUGGACUCACUGGAUGUCCACGCGGGCCGGCAGACAUUCCACCGCUUUGACAAGUUCAACUCCAAAUACAACCCUGUGGGGGCCAGUGAGCUGCGUGACCUGUAUUUGAAAACUGAAAACUAUCUGGGAGGAGAGUACUUUGCUCGGAUGGUCAAGGAGGUUGCCCGGGAGCUGGAGGAGAGCAAGUACCAGUACUCAGAGCCACGGCUCUCCAUCUACGGCCGCAGUCCUGAGGAGUGGCCCAACCUGGCCCGCUGGUUCAUCCAGCACAAGGUCUACUCUCCCAACAUGCGCUGGAUCAUCCAGGUGCCCCGGAUUUAUGACAUAUUUAGGUCAAAGAAGCUGCUGCCAAACUUUGGGAAGAUGCUGGAGAACAUCUUCCUGCCCCUUUUCAAGGCCACUAUCAACCCCCAAGAUCAUCGAGAGCUUCACCUCUUCCUUAAAUAUGUGACGGGGUUUGACAGCGUGGAUGAUGAGUCCAAGCACAGCGACCACAUGUUUUCCGACAAGAGCCCAAACCCGGACGUCUGGACCAGUGAGCAGAACCCACCCUACAGCUACUACCUGUACUACAUGUAUGCCAACAUCAUGGUGCUCAACAACCUCCGCAGGGAGCGCGGCCUGAGCACGUUCCUGUUCCGGCCGCACUGUGGGGAAGCCGGCUCCAUCACCCACCUGGUGUCUGCCUUCCUCACUGCUGACAACAUUUCCCACGGGCUGCUCCUCAAGAAGAGUCCGGUAUUGCAGUAUCUCUACUACCUUGCUCAGAUCCCCAUUGCCAUGUCUCCUCUUAGCAACAACAGUUUGUUCCUCGAAUAUUCCAAGAACCCUCUGAGGGAAUUCCUGCACAAGGGACUGCAUGUUUCUCUUUCCACCGAUGACCCCAUGCAGUUCCACUACACGAAGGAAGCACUUAUGGAAGAAUAUGCCAUUGCAGCUCAAGUGUGGAAGCUGAGCACCUGCGACCUGUGUGAGAUCGCCAGGAACAGCGUGCUGCAGAGCGGCCUCUCGCAUCAGGAAAAGCAAAAGUUUCUGGGACAAAAUUAUUAUAAAGAAGGACCUGAAGGAAAUGAUAUUCGAAAGACAAAUGUGGCUCAGAUCCGGAUGGCAUUCCGAUAUGAGACCUUAUGCAAUGAGCUCAGCUUCCUGUCUGAUGCUAUGAAAUCAGAAGAGAUCACCGCCUUGACUGACUAGGUCCAGCAUUUGACAUGCAUUUUAACUUUUUGGUUCAAUUUCAAGUCUGCUGUGGCUAAUAGUGGUCAAGAUUCCGAACUAGGACUUUCCUCUGUGAAGAGGAUGCCUCUGAAGAAAUUUUAAACUGGUGAUUUUGGUUGCACUGCUCACUUUAAGAGUUAACAUGCUCACUUGUUAGUAUUUCUGAGUAACAAGAUGGUGACUUCUCCUUGGGGAUCUGGGAGCUGAGCACUUGUCUAUACUUGUUCCUAAUUUUCCAAGUAUUUCUCUUGAAACUGCCAGUGCCUGAAUUGUUGGGGCCAGGAUUUUCCCUGGUCAGAUGCCAAGUAACAUGUGGUUUUCUGCCAUACUUUUCUCCAUUGGCCCAGGUAGGCUAAUUGGUAGUUGUUCAUUUCAGCCUCUGGAUGGCUGGCUGCCUUAAACACAAUCAAUUUCAAAGCUCCAUUUCAUAAAGGGGCUACUUUGAAGGAGUUAAGAUGGAAGACUUCCCCUUCUUGACAAAUUGUGUUUUUGGUGAAUUUCUUAAACCGUUUUAUUUAGCCCUCCUUCCCUCUUUCUAGUUGGAAGCCAAAUGUACUCAUGAAAACAGCCACUCCUAUUCUGAGUCUUGGUUUCUUCACCUAGAAAGUGAGGGUUUGGACUAGAUGAGUGGCUUUCAGGGUGUUCUGUGAGUCUCCUCAUGAAUACUUUAGGGUGGGGGAGGGAAGGGAGUGAGUGAUGCUCAGGGGCUGUCAAAGUGACUGCGUUCAUCAGUUUUACACGGGGGCUGCUACAUAAUAUUUUCAUUUGAACGAAGAACUUCAAAAAGCACAGGACUAGAUGAUCUCUGCUCCUUUUGGCUCUAAUAUGCUACAACUGUAGGCCAAUUAUCACUUUACCAAUUAAGAGUUAGGCCAGAUAAGUGAAAUUUAACUUAAGGGCACACAGCUAAUAAGUAAUAGGCCUACAACUGGAUUUCCUUAUUCCAAAUCCUGUCUUUUCCCCACUAUUCCAUUAGACCCCACAAAUGUUAGUUGUGUGUGUGUGUGUGUGUUUUUAAUCACUGUAACCGGGUGCAUUUUUUUAAGGCAAAAUUUCUCCUUUAUCUACUAUGAUGACUUCAGAAGAUACAAUGGUCCCAGGGGCCAGGUAGAAAGCAUUUUUAAAGAUUAAUCUGAAUUAACCUUUAUCAGUGUACUCUUUAUCUGUGUUACUAGUGCCUGGUAUGUAGUAGGUGCUCAAUAAAUGCAUAUUGAAUAACUAA